AUGCCGAGAAGGGGCAAACAGUCAAUAACAAGAGCCAGUCUGCGGCGCCUACUUAGUAGACCGGGCCUCCAGGGCGAGAUGAGAGCCCAGGGCGAGAUAGAGAGUAGAGUAGUGCGGCUCAACGGUGGCUUUGACUUUGACGCAUCUGCUAGUUCGUGUCACAGCAUUUUGAGUCUCCAUCCAUUCCACUCAUUCCACCACCCGUUGAUCCCUAGGUUGAUAUUAUCGGGCCGGUCAAUCUCUAUCUCUCCAAAGGGCGCGUGGUAACUCAACGCGAGACACCCCUCUCUCUUUUCUCCACUCCCACUUCUGACGGACAUGUAUCCGAGUGUUGAGAGGCGAGCAGCGAGGCUGUGAUCUUUGCUUCUUUUAACCUCUG